AUGUGUGGAUGGGUGGAAGAGGAUUUAGAAGAAGAAGAAGAAGAAGAAGAAGAAGAAGAAGAAGAAGAAGAAGAAGAAGAAGAAGAAGAAGAAGAAGAAGAAGAAGAAGAAGAAGAAGAAGAAAGCAAGGGUAUCCUGAAUAGCCUGAGCCAUAUCAACCUCAGUCAAAUACUAUCUUUUUAUUAG